UUGGAGACAUGGUGACCUGUAAGCCUGGAUGUAUUUGUUCUGAGAGAGAUUCUGGAGCUGAAAUUGAAAUUCUCGUCCACUGGACUCAGGGUGGGUGUGGCAUGGCCUCUCCUGAGACCUGGAGGGGGUCCCAACAACUGCUGGAGAAAGCCCCUUAUCUGGUGGUAGCUGAUGGGACCAGGGGCCUGGGUGGAACCAGGGAAAACCCCACCCACCCUCAUCCCAUCCAGAUAGCUACAGGGUUCCAUGAGCCAAUAGCCAGAGCCAGGAAGAGCCACAGCUCAUUUUUGAGUCUUGAACCCUGCAUCCUGCUCCUUGCAACCUGAUAAGCCAUCACACUUGGGCUAACGGAAACCUCCUGGCCUCUGGCCUGAGCCAAGAAGGUUGUAAGCCAGCCAAGGAUGUCCCAGGGCCUGAGCAAAACUGCAGAUCUGUCUUCCAGGGGGUAGGACUUCCUAACCCAGCUGGUCUGGGGUCUGCUCAGCCAGUGACUAUGUGCCUGAGGUGGAAGUGCUUGGCUCUGCCUGUCCAUGGGUCCGGUCCGCCAGCCCAGACCAUGCUUUGCAGCUGAUGCUCUUGUCUGCUGAGGGGCUCCCUGGAGACUGGGCUGGACUGGGUGUGAGGAGUUGGGCUCAGCUGUAAGAUAUUUUGGUUGUGAGGACAAAUAGUAAGGUAGUGUUAACUGGGUGCUUUCCUACCUCCUGGGAGGGCCAAGCUAGAACUGUUUACUACCAAACACCUUUUUUCUAUUAACUAAGCAUCCCACCCAUCUGGACAACAGGCUGAGGGCCUGACGAGCAGGGAGCUAGGUGCCUAUGCCAACAACCAGAUUCCACAUUUCUACAGGAUGGAAAGAGCCCCUGCGAAGCCAGAGCUAGCCCCUCCCUGUUUAGCACUGAAGUCUGACACGCAAUGCAGGGAACGCCUGAGCAGCCUGCCGUGGAAAGUUGGAGCCAUGGUAUGUGGCAGGCGGAUGCAGGGCCAGAGGACCGGCAUGGCAGGGAAAAGGCAGUUCCUGGCUUGGCUAAUGGUAGCCAUUUGCCUCCUUCUCCUGGGGUUGACUACAACCCAGCACCAUGCAGGGCAGGCCAUGGACAGCACCAGCGUGGGAGGUGGCCUGCAGGAGCCAGAGGCGCCGGAAGUGAUGUUUGAGGUCUUUCCUCCAGCUUGGGACAUGAGGCUUCUCUGGGCUGGGCUGAAGCUGGAUGUCAUGGGGCAGCUGCACAUCCAGGAUGAGGAACUGGCGUCCACACGUCCAGGCCACCGACUCAGGCUCCUCCUGCAGCACCACGUGCCCAGUGACUUAGAGGGUGCUGAGCAGCAGCUGCAGCAGUUCCAGGACCUGCGGAAGGGGCCUCCUCUUGGCCCUUCGGACUUUGAACAUCUGCUCCUCACAGGCCUAUCCUGUGUCUACCGGCUGCACAAGGCUAGCGAGGCUGAGGAGAGGGAUCACUGGGCCCAGGUCUUUGCCCUCCUGGCACAGGAAACACUCUGGGACCUGUGCAAGGGCUUCUGCCCCCAGGGCCAGCCCCCUUCUCUAGGACCCUGGCUCUAGAUCCUUGACCCCUUCCCCUGACCCUCCCCUUUCACCUCCUAGCCCCACCACCUCCACGCCAGAUCCAUCCUGGGCAGGAGCUUCCAUCUGGUACCUAGUUCUUCCCACCGUGUUCAGGUCUCUAGGCUUGGCUUGUAACCCAGACCCGUUUAUCCCUCCCCCAUCUUCUUCCCUGGGCCCUGAUAGGCUAAGAGCUCCUGCUCUAGGUCCCAGACAGCAGGCUCACAGCUAAAGGCAGAGUUGUAUGUGUUUUGGGGUCAGUGUGUUUAAGAGAUGCUUUAAGGGAAGCUGCCCCCAAGUAAGGCCAGGUCAGACCCUCCAACUCCUACCCUGGCAGUCCAUGAGAGGUCUUGUAGAAUCUAACAGGAACCUUGUAAGUGGUCAGCACCCAGUCCUAAUUUAGGUAACUCCUUUUAAGCCCAACCACCGCUCUGGGGUCCCUGAACCUCCAAGUUCCCCAUGUGGACUGGGAGAAUAGACUGGACAAAUUUAGUUUGGUCUGUUGGAGAAGUGAAGGAAGACAGGUGGAGGAAUACACUUUUUGGGGGCGGGGCGAAGGGUAGGGAGUAUGGGGGGGUUUUGGUCUAUCUCAACAAGGCUCAUGAGAUGAACACUUCAGAGGAAGGUGAGGCUGGGAGGGGACAGCCUGAGAGAGACAAGCUGAGGCUGGCGGUAUAGCCCUGAUCCUGUGCAGCUCAUCCUAUAAAACGUUCUGUUCUGGCCUCCUGGAGCCGGUAUGUUUCCAACGUUUCCA